GAGGCGGGGCGGGCUCCGUGCGGCGGGGCUGGCGGGGCGCAGAGGGGGAGCGGCGGCGCUCGGCGGAUCGGUGGCGGCUUUCCCGUGCCCGGCAGGCGCAGAUGGCGGCCGCGCUCCUCUUGUACCUGCCCCUCCUGCCGGGGCUGGCCGGCGCCUUCAACCUGGACACAGAGCGCGUGAUCAUGCGGCGAGGCGAGCCGGGCAGCCUCUUCGGCUUCUCCCUAGCCAUGCACCGGCAGCUGCAGCCGCAGGAGAGACGGCUAUUGCUGGUUGGAGCUCCUCGGGAAAAAGCCUUUCCAUCCCAACAAGCCAACAGAACAGGAGGGCUGUACAGCUGUGACAUCACGUCUUCAAAUACACGCUGCACACGUGUCGUAUUUGAUGAGGAAACUGACCCGAGGACGGAGAGUAAAGAAGACCAAUGGAUGGGUGUAACUGUCCAAAGUCAGGGGCCAGGAGGAAACGUGGUGACAUGUGCACAUCGCUAUGAAAAAAGGCAGUAUGUAAACACAGUGCAGGAAACCCGGGAUAUCAUUGGAAGGUGCUAUGUGCUGAGCCAGGAUCUCACUAUUAAGGAUGAUAUGGAUAAUGGAGUGUGGAGUUUUUGUGAUGGUCGUUUAAGAGGCCAUGAGAAGUUUGGUUCCUGUCAGCAAGGUGUUGCUGCUACUUUUACUAGAGACUAUCAUUAUAUUGUGUUUGGUGCCCCAGGCACUUACAAUUGGAAAGGGGUGGUUCGUGCAGAGCAAAAGAAUCAGACAUUUUAUGAUCUGGGUAUCUUUGAUGAUGGGCCUUACGAAGUUGGUGAUGAGAGCCGCCAAGAUAAGAAUCUAGUUCCUGUUCCAGCUAACAGUUAUUUAGGUUUCUCUUUGGACUCUGGUAAAGGAAUUGUCUCCCAAGAUGAGAUGACUUUUGUGUCUGGUGCACCAAGAGCCAACCACAGUGGAGCAGUUGUUCUACUGAAGAAAGAGAAAAAUCAGAGGGCAUUGUCACUGGAGCACAUGUUUGAAGGAGAAGGGCUGGCCUCUUCUUUUGGUUAUGAUGUUGCUGUUGUGGAUCUCAACAGUGAUGGAUGGCAAGACAUUGUUGUUGGAGCCCCACAGUAUUUUGACAGAAGUGGAGAUAUUGGUGGUGCUGUUUACAUCUACAUUAACCAACAAGGCAAAUGGGAAGGAGUAAAACCUGUUCGCUUAAAUGGAACCACUGACUCGAUGUUUGGUCUUGCAGUUGAAAAUGUUGGGGACGUUAAUCAGGAUGGAUAUCCAGAUAUUGCAGUAGGGGCUCCAUAUGAUGGUUCUGGCAAAGUAUACAUUUAUCAUGGAUCUAAGAAUGGAAUAAAUACAAAACCAGCACAGAUUCUUGAUGGUGAAAAAACAGGCACCAAUUUCUUUGGUUACUCUAUUGCUGGAAACAUGGACCUGGAUAAAAAUUCCUACCCUGAUAUUGCUGUUGGUUCCCUUUCAGAUUCUGUAUCUGUGUUCAGAUCCCGGCCUGUCAUAAGCAUUAUGAAAAGCAUUACAGUACAGCCUGACAAACUUGAUCUAAAGAAAAGGAACUCUGAGGAUCCUAGUGAAAUAUGGAUGGAUGUGAAAGCAUGUUUUCAUUAUACUGCAAACCCCAGUAAUUUAAAUCCACGAAUAAAGAUCAACUAUACAUUUGAAGCAGAAAAGGAGAGGAAGCAAUUAGGCAUGCAUUCUAGGGUACUGUUUAAAGACCAUCAGUCUGAGAAGUUCAGUGCAAGUACAACCCUAAACGGGCAGAACUCAAAACAGUGUGUGACAACCAAGCUUGUACUGCAGGAAAUAGUAAAAGAUAAGCUACGCCCAAUUCCUGUAUCAGUCAGUGUUGAAAUUGCUGGCCUGGAGUCUAGCUCAUCAUCCACAAGAAAAGAGAAAGCACUUCCAGAUCUUAUACCAAUUCUAGAUUCAAAUGAAUCUGAAACAACUAUCGCAAAAGUGGAGUUCUUAAAAGAAGGAUGUGGAGAAGACAAUGAAUGUCACAGCAACCUGAAACUUCAAUACCGGUUUUGCACUAGAGAAGGAAACGAAGACAGGUUUACCUAUUUACCAAUUGAAAAUGGCAUGCCAGUGCUUGUUCUGAAAGAUCAGAAAGACAUCGCACUGGAAAUAACAGUGACUAAUAAUCCAUCUGAUGCAAAAAAUCCACAAAAAGAUGGUGAAGAUGCAUACGAAGCUAAACUAAUUGCAACUUUUCCAGACAGUCUGACCUAUUCUGCAUUCAGGGAGAUGAGGGGAUAUCCGGAAAAACAGCUAACAUGUGGUGCUAACCAAAAUGGUUCUCAAGCAGAUUGUGAACUUGGAAAUCCUUUCAAGAGAAACUCCAAUGUAACAUUUUACCUGAUCUUAAGUACCACUAAAGUUAAUGUUGAUACGACAGACUUAGACAUUAAUCUGAAGCUGGAGACAACAAGCACUCAGACUACUUUGACUACAAUUACAGCUAGUGCUAAAGUGGUUCUUGAAUUGUUUUUAUCACUCACUGGAGUGGCUAAGCCUUCUCAGGUAUAUUUUGGAGGUAACAUCAUUGGUGAAAGUGCUAUGAAAUCUGAAGAUAACAUUGGAAACCUCAUAGAAUAUGAAUUCAGAGUAACUAACUUGGGCAGGCCACUGAAAACAUUUGGUACAGCUUCCCUGGACAUCCAGUGGCCAAAAGAAAUUAGUAAUGGCAAAUGGCUGCUGUAUUUGAUGAAAAUAGAUUCCAAAGGCUUGGAAAGAGUCUCCUGUCAACCACAGAAUGAAAUCAAUUCUUUGCAUCUUGCAGAAUCCCAUAACUCCAGGAGAAAGCGUGAGGUGGCAGAGAAGCAGAUUACAGACAGCAAAGCAUUUUCUUUAUUCUCAGAAAGAAAGUAUAAGACCUUGGACUGCAAUGUGAACGCACGGUGUGUGGACAUAAAAUGUCCCCUGAAGGGUUUUGACAGCAAGGCAUCUAUUUUGCUGCGUUCCAGACUGUGGAACAGUACUUUUGUAGAAGAAUACUCCAAAAUGAACUACCUAGACAUUCUUGUUAGAGCCUCAAUCAGUGUUCCUGCUGCAGCUAAGAAUGUUAAACUCACAAAUGAAAUUGCUCAGGUGCGUGUCACUGUCUUUCCUGCAAAACCAGUAGCACUUUAUACAGGAGUGCCUUGGUGGAUCAUUGCAGUGGCUAUUUUUGCUGGAAUACUGAUGCUUGCACUGCUGGUAUUCCUGCUAUGGAAGUGUGGGUUCUUCCAGCGUUCCAGGUACGAUGACAGUGUCCCCCGAUAUCAUGCUGUAAGAAUUCGAAAAGAAGAGCGAGAGAUCAAAGACGGGAUAUGCAAAGAUCUUGAGACAAAACAGUGGUUCACAAAAUGGAAUGAGAAUGAAAGUUAUUCUUAGGGAAAACUCAUUUCCCUCUACAAAGUUCAGAUAGAAAUUAAAUGUUGCCAUUUAUGGAGUACUCAUGGAGUUAGACGUAUGAACACUAUGGACAUCUUCACCGUUUGGCUGUAGAUACUACUACUUAUAUUGAGGCUUUUGUUUGCACAGUUAAAAUUGCUUCAACGGACUUUAAUUUGCAUUAUUUAAUUUCUACUCUGCCUCUUUUUUACCUUCAAAUCUAACUCAGACUUUAGGAAAUACUGUGUUGAGUUGGGCUCUUUUCUACAAAAUAUACAAAACCACUAUGGCAGACCUUUCCUGUGAUCCUAAUUUUCCUGGGAAUGCAAGGAAUGCAUGGUUAAGGUCAACAUAGGUUGUUCUCCAUCCUUCCCUCAAUGCAUAAGUUAUUAUAAACAUGCAGUGGCCUUAACAUUGUUUGAGUAUAAUCCGAAGACCUGCAAAUCUAUUUUAGUCACGUGCUUCGCCUACUGCAGUAGUUAGGGCUUCACAAAAAGCAUUACCUUAAGUUAUACGUGCAAUAGGUCACGUUGCUUGAUUUUUAAGAUCUGAAUGUGUGAAUAUUGCUCACAACAAAUAUACACAGGUUUUUUUGUUUUGUUUUAAAAGAGGCUUGAAUAUUAGAUGUACUUUUUGUAUAUAUAUAUUUCAGUCAUUUUGAUAUUUAUUUUUGUUACAAAUCAUUGUCUUUGUCUAACUGUUAGGCCAAAGACUUAACUGAACCUUCAAACCACUGUGUUUAUGAACUUCAUAUGACGAGACCUGAGACUUUCACUGCAUUUUAAUAAAUAACUGAAGGUGCCAAUACUUUCCAAAAAUGUAAAUAUUUAUUCCAGUGAUGUAUGUGGAGUCUUAUUUUCCUGAUACUUAUAACUUUACCUAAUAAGAAUUAUCAGGUCUUGUAAUAUGAUUUGUAUAUUAACUUCAGACUAUUUUACAGUUUGGACACCAAGCAUAAGUAGGGUUUUUAGAUACAGUUUUAUACUUACUGGAAGUAGUAAGAAGUUCUCUGGAAACAACUUUCCAGCUUCAUAAGGAUUUCCUGUUUGGCAAAAGGUGUUGACUACUGCAACUGUUAUGUAGCACUUGAAGGAGGCUGUAAAUGCCUAAUUUAACUAUGAGGAUCUGAGCUGAUCCUCUUUGAGACUACUGAAUACUCUUGAAUACCUGAAUGUUGGUAAGAGUAGAGUCACAAUAUUGUGCUUAUCAGUAAUCUAAUUGUUGUAACAUAAUUGAUAAAGCUAUUUAAAGAGUUUACUUUUUUUUUAAACCCAUGUUCUAAAGCAUUGGUACUAUCUAAGGAUGAAGAUUAGUUUGUUUAUUCAGUGUAAAACAACUAUGCUCAAAAAGUAGGCAUGUUAAUUGCUAGUAAUUUGAACUAUGCAAAAACCUCUUGGUACUUUUUGCCCUCAUAGGGUGAAAACCUGCUAAGAGGGCAGUUGUCAGGUAUCUUAUUUUUACUACCAACUUUGAAAAUACCUUUUUAGAAGGUAUGGUCACCUAAAGUGUUAACAUUAUAGAAAGAGGAUUAAUUUAGUAGACUCUUCUUCCUCCCACUAAGUGAUCUCAGUCUGUUGUCACCCUGAUUUUAUGAACACUUAAAAUAUGUAUUUAGCUGUUAACCAAUUUUUGACCUUUUAAAAUCUAGCUUAUUUGCUGAAAGGCUCAGCAGCAUUAGACAGGCUAAUCAGGUGCUAAGAAGCUUGACAGUGACUACUGUAGCCUUUGAUUUGAAAGCAGAUUACGGCCCGCCCUCAAGAACAUGAACGUCUCCGCAGUGUUAAACUUAAAGUUGUUAGAAAUAAGUCAUGUCACUGGUAUACUUUUUUUCAAACUGUCUCUUUUUUAAUACCAGCUAGCAAUGCUGCAUCAUUCCAUGAUUAAAAAUUACCUGUGGAUAUUUGUAUAGAAGUGUGAAAUAAAAUUUUUUUAAUUAAA